ACUAAAAACAGUAAGUUGAUGCAGAGUGGAUGCAGAUUUCUGUCCCCUACAGAUCUGUGACAUAUAGUCAGUGUUUCACAGGGGGAAAAAAAUCUGAUUUACUUAUUAAAACCCAUUAAACAAACCCGUGGGGCGGGACAACUGGGUUUACUGCCCAGCCUAGAGGGCAGGACAUAUCUGGUUAUAAAGCUAGCUUUUGUAAGAGUGAAACUGCCAUCCAGGUUCCUCACUAGUCAGUACUGCUGUGUGAUCGAGACAUUGUCUCAGGACCAUGGAGAGCUCAGGGAUUGUGAUCGGAGUGCUGCUCAUCACUCUCUCUUCCAUCAUGUGCAAUGGACAACAUUUACCUGAGAUAUCUGCAGAGGACCUGCAGAACUCUGAUGUAAACCCUGAUAAGGAGAUGGGUGAAGUGAUGGAGGAACUUCUGUCAAGGCUUCAGAACAGAUUUCCAUCAACAGAGAGACGCGCCAUUCCAGUGUGUGCAGUCGGCUCCCGCUGUGCGAUGAGGUUUGGUCCUCGCUUUGGUCAGCUGUGUGAAUGUGGCCGAGGCUCGUACUGCAACUCAUACCUGCUAAAGUGUAUCUGAGAAAGCAGCAGAAGGAGAGCUGUCCUGAUCUCUCAUUUCAACAUUUUCACAAACAUGAUCACUUACAGAGACACAAAAAUGCAUUACUUUUAGAAUAAAGCAGCUUGUCAAAGUGUGUAACUCUGUAAGGAUUUUAGCCUCAUUGAGAUAGUAAGCAUGAGAUUUAUGUUCUUGAGUGCAUGCCAAUAUUUCUUUAAUAUUUUCAGUAAAUAUUUCUGUUUCUCAACACUUUAUUGACCCAUGAUAAAGGUAUAUCUGUGCAGCAAAAAUGUUUACAUUUGUACAUUUGUGAAGUGCUGGCUUUCCUGCUGGUGGAUAUUAUAAAUUAUAAACUGGUCAGGAGUUUCAGUUAAAAUGGAGGCAAACUGACAAACAAAGGAGACAUGUGAACAUAUAUUUGUCCAUUUUUCUAUAACUCUCUUGUACAGCUUUAUGGUCCCAAAUAACACAGUGUUGCUUUGUGACAAGCCCUGAAUUUUUUCAGGAGUGGAGAAUGCAUGUUGUGUGUUUUAAUGUUUGCAGUUGUGUAGCUAUGUUGUUUUUGUUGUUACAGUACAAUCUUAGACAAUUCAUAGCAUAUAAUGACCCAUGCAAUGUAUUAUUUUGCACAAUAAACCCAUGCUCUCAUUUAACAA